GGAACACUCCUGAGUUUGUGCUAUUUUUGGAUGCUCCGUCCGCCGGACGGGGCGACUUUUCUGUUCUUAAGAGAGCUUGUUGAUGACUUGUUGCCAUGUGUCCCUGGUUUGUGACUUGUCGGGUACAUGUGUUAUAGAGUGUGGACUGUCUCCUUGCUUGCUUAGCUAGGCAAUUACAUAGCUGUUCUGCGAGUGCUCGGGCAAUUAAACGGCGAUAAGAGCCUUCAGCACGUAGGUAGCUACCGUGGCAGAGGACGUGGGGCUUUGUGGGUGGAGCUGAGGUGACGGCCAGAGGUCCCGGGGGAAGCGUCGAGGGGGCCCCGGACCAAUGGCGAGCGGGGACCGGGUCCGGCCGGACCCCGCGAUCGGAUUCCCGGCCCCCUGGGCGGCGGCGGCCAGCUGUGGCCAAUUUUCAGGCCAUCGCUUCUCGGCCUUUUGGCUAAGUUUUUCAAAACUUAUAAGGAAGGCGAUGAACAACAUAGAAGAUGGAGUGCCGACCCACCGGGUGCGGCUGCGCAACACUGUACGAUUUGAAGUGACGGAGGAGCAGCGGAAAGUGGUCACGCUGGAGUUUUUUGUGGAGAAGAUUGUGAGAGGAUUGUUUGAAGUGGAUCAGGAGAGUGUGUUUUGCCUCCAAGAUGUGCCCAGCAAAGAGAGGCAGCGCACGUAUGCAGAGAUGGUGAGAGGAGGAAGUGCAGCUGUGGACGAGGAAGCAGCGCCCACUAGUGGAAGAGAUGGAAGGAGUGUUGGGGAGACUGCUACCAAAGGGGGAUCGGCGCUAGGUGAGGCUCAUGCCGGAGCAGUAGAGGAGGAGAUGAGUGCAGAGGUGGAUUCCGGAAAGGGGGCAAGGAAGGGAUCAGUUCCCGGGUCUUUGGCUGCUUCAGCUCUAAUUCCAGAGCAACCUGUUUCGGCUGAGGCACCGGUACGGCCCCCAUUGAGAGAUCUGGUUACAGCUCCUGUGGGUGCUUCGGUUCCGGUGGUUCCAGUGUUUCUGGUGAGCCCGGAGGCUAUUCCGGGCCCUAGUUCUGCUGGGUUGAGCAGUGUCCAGAGGUUUCGGCGGGCGGCAGAUGUUCUUCGGGAGAAGCAGGCGGGAGCGGAUGACGCACCAGUUGAGACCCCAGAGCUUAUUUCAAAGGAGAAGGUGUCAGAAGGCGCUCUUUCAGCAUCUGCGGAGGAGGUGGCGGGGCACGCCUCGGGGGACGUGGACACUCCCACUCUUUGGGGGGACUCUGACCCCCCUGAGGGGAGCAGUGGAAUGGACUGGGCGAGAGUGACGGGGAGAAAGCGGGCUUCCGUGGAGAUGGAGAAUCCCCAUAAAUUUUUUAAGACUGGGUUGCAAGUGUCGCUCACUAACCGGUAUAAGGCCCUGUCAGAUGCCUCAGGGGCUUCUCAGUCAGGAGGCGAGUCGGACAUUGACCUGGCAGGAGGGUCUCCCUCUGUGGAGUUGGAGUGGGACAUGGAGGGAUUUGAGCAGGUAAUAGGGAUGGCCCCUGGUCCCUCGGGUGAAAGGGGUGUGGGGGAAGAGGGAGGAAAAUAA